CCCUUCACCCAUUAGCAUCAACGCAGCGCGAGGCACACAAGCGACCCUGCCACUAUCCUGUCCGCUGUCAACCUUCUCCCACCAUUUUUUGCUGCAAGCACCAACCACCGCUAGCUGGAACCGGCGAGCUCCGGUGCUACUAUCAGCUGCGUCGGCUGCUGGAACCGGCAAAAGAAAAGCUGCAACCGGCAACCGCUUUUUCUACGUCGACGAUGGUGGUGCCGUGAUAUGCUGGAAACGGCAAAAAAAGAAAGGCUGCAACCGGCAAACCGAUUUGCUACGUCCGCGACGGUGGUGUCGUGAUGGGCUGGAACCGGCAGAAGAAGCUCCAACCGGCAAAAGUUUGGUACUGACAGCGACGAUGGUGCCGCCAUGAGCUGCAACCGGCAAAAGAAAAGGCUGCAACCGGCGCCAGCGACGGGGGGCGCGUUUUUUGCUGCGACCGGCGGACCACAAAUUACAACCGGCGUAGAAAUUUGCUGGAACCGGCGAUGCCAAAAGCUGGAACCACUGGGAAUAGGAGCUGUAACCAUCUAGCCGGAGGAGCUACAACCGUGGGAUGCCGUGCUCUCCCUCGCCGUCAAAUGCUACAACUGCGUUGCUAGAUGUUGGAACCGGUCGUCUGAUUUGCUACCACCGGCUAUACUUGAUGCUAGUACCUUGACGGCAAGACAAGUUACACUCAAAUGCUACAACCAGAUUUAAGGAUGCCGGAAGAACCGAGGACACCGAGAGCAGCAUCAAUGGCGACAAAGGCUACGUUUGGCAAGAGUUCAGGUCGCUGGGAAGUCAUGUUGCAAUCAGGGGGAGGGAGGGGACGACACCGGUGAAGCCUGUGCUGGGGGCCAGCGGUGCGGUGCAUCGACCAACCUCGUCGAGGCGCGACGCUGCCGCCAGCGAGGAGCGGCAUCCCGGCGCGCCGGCGCCUAUCGGUCCCCAUUUUUUUACCGUACACAGUUUCAGCCCGUCACCGAGACGGCCACGGAUCUGGCCCAUAUAUAGAGAGGUGACGACGCCACGCAGUCGUUGCUCUAUUCAAUCCCCAAUCCGGGUGUCAAAAAUCAAAACUGUUCCGCCGCCGCCGUGGAUGGACGCAACAGAAGCUUGCCCUGGUGCUGGCCUGCCACGACCAUCCGAGUUUGACUUCAUGUUCACCGACGAGGGGUGGGCCUUGCUGUCCGAGGAGACACGCCGUUCAAUUAUAGGAGUUCUGGAUGAGGACAGAGAAGAGAAGACCCGCCUCCAAGAGCGCCGUCAAUCCCGAUCCCGGAAGGACCGCCGCAAGGAUCCUCGGCCAGACAAACAGAUACAACCUAGUAAGAGCCUCGACCCUAACCUGUCGAGGGAUGUUCGGGAUUCAGAUCAACUUUUGUGGAUCCGACAACAUCGCAUGCUCAACCAUUCAGAAUAAUGGUGGUUAUCUAAGUCUGAGCUACCCUGCACGGGGCAUAUCUGCAAUGGGCUGCCUGAUUGAAAUUGAUAUAAAGAUCAAGGGCAAGGAUGUUGACAAAGAUUUGUCGAUUAUUGAUGGAUCUGUGAAAGCCUUUGGGCAGUUUGACUCGAGGACUGCUAACCAUGUUGAUAACGUCAAUGGUAAAAUUAUAUUCAAGACAUAUGUUGUUCGUAAAGGUGUCGAGGCAACUAUAGACCUCGAGUUUGUGGAGGUGCCAAUAGGCGGCUUCAAUGUGCGGAUGCGUGGUAAAACUGUCCGUGGUAAAGCUGUUUACUCCUUUAUCACUGAGUGUUGUGAUGAUGACAGUUUUAUAGCUUCACCUGGGAAGCAUAAUAAGAAGUUUGUAGCGGCUGUGAGCAUAGGUGAUACACUAUGUGUAGACUUCAUGGAGAAAAGGCGAGAAGCGCUCUCUUUUGUAUCAUCCAAGCACGGCAACGAGCAGCAACCUUACCGGUUCAGCAAUGGAGCUUUGGUCUUUGUUAAAGUCUAUUGGUCAACCAUCGUCGAGGGUUGACCAUUGGGUCUGUAAUCACUGAA